CUCGCCGUGUACCGAGGUGUUUGGCGUUGAAGAGAUAGUCUACUAAGUAAAGGGAAGGAAGAAAGAAGAUAUAGACAGAGAAAAAAGACCUUUAAAAGGAGAGUCCAAUAUUUUAAUUUGUCGGAUUUGUAUCCUGCAAGACUUUCUCCAAAAACUUAAUUUUGGGGGAAAUAAUGACUGCUGGAUCUGUUUUAGUGCCUCAGAUUAUACCACUUCGAAUCUCAAGUGGCAAAGCUAAACAUGAAAUAGAUACAAAUACUCUUGUUGAAAUCAAAUCAGAUACACCUGAUGUGACCAUACAUUUUACUAUUGAUGGAAGUAAACCACAAUAUUUUAAGAGAUUUGAUUAUCAAGAUCAUAAUACUUUUAAGUAUAAGGGUCCAGUUACAUUACCAGAUGGGAAAAUAACCAUCAAGGCACUGGCAGUCACAAAAGAUUGCAGAGAGAGUGCCAUUGUAACAAAAGUAUUUGUAGUAGAAUAUGCAACUCCAAACCCACAUAAUCCUGAUAAAGAUGAAAAUUUCCUGAAUUAUCUCAUCAGACAGCAGAUCAAAAGUGGGUUGCCUGAUUUAAAGCUAAGAAAGAAAGGAGUGAAUAUGGAAAGUGAAUCCAGUUGGAAUGGUGCAGCACAUGAAUUAACAGGUUUGUUGAAAGAAAAAACAUCUUUGCCCUUACAUGUCGAUGGACCACAUUCAUUGAAAAAAUACUUGAAUGUCUCAAGGGAUAGAGAAGAGUCUAACUCUGCUGUGUUGAUACCUCAGUCACAGGAUACAGUACUUUGCUAUGUAUGUGGCGCAGGAAAUCCAAUUCACAUUAAAGAAUGUAUGAUAUGUGAGAACGAACUUUCUGAAACCCAUAUGCAGAAUACCAACUUUCAGAUCCUACAACAAUCAAUUGUUUCAUUGCCAACCUCAAGAUCUGACUUCCAAGAGAAAAAAGAGCAAGGAACUCAGACUAUUGGAUUGUUCUACCCAUCUCACAAAUGUCUAGAGAAGAAAGAAAGUGAGGUGUUCUUGCAAAAGGAGAAGCAGAUUAAGACAAAUGAUCACAGGUCUCUGCUCACAGCUAUCAGCCCUGGAAGAGGCUACUGGAGAAAGCAACUAGAUCAUGUCUGUGCACAUCUUAGAAGCUAUACACAAAAUAAUUUGGAGUUUAGGACAUUAAUUGGAGAGCCUCAGAUGGGAAAGCUUAUUUCUGCUACUGUCCAUAAGGAUGACUAUCAAGUCAGUCUCCAGAUCAAUUAUGCACUUGCUAAAAAGCCACUGGAGAGAGCCAGAGAAUUUCAAGUCUGAAUUAAAAAGUCAAAAGAAGUAAAAAGAGAAGAUACCAUUGAUGUGAAAAAUAACAUUUACUUUGUAGAUGAUGCUACACUGAAGACGGUUGAGUCCAAUUUUUACUUUGGGAAGGAAAGCAAAGAAAAUCACAUUGGUAUCUGUUUCUCCUCCUUCUGCUAUACAGAUUUUUCCUUCCAUCUUCUUUUUAUUUUUUACUCCAUUUAUGACACCCUUUUUCACUUUUACCUAUUUGCUUCAUUUAUUCCAUUAAUAUUAAUUUUCAGUUUAUGGUAGUGAUCCACAACUAUCUCUCUUUACUUUUGGUGGCAUAGGCUUUUCAACCUGUACCUCUGCCUUUUUUUUCAGUUUUUUGUUUAUGUUUUUUUUAACUGAGUUUAUUUAAACUUUAAAAUUGUCAUCUUGGUUCCAUUUCUGCCUAUCUAUUUUGUUGUAUUUCUCUGUCUAAAAAUUGAAGACUGCAUGAAAUUAUCUAUAUGUUAGUGGGAAAAGUUCUUGGUAAUUCCUCUCCAGCUUCGUAACUAAAUCUGUAUACCCAUAAUUAACAUUAAUUUCCAGAAAAUCACUCCAUAUCACCAAACUAAAGUGCCCUCAGUUCCCUCUCUGUUUUUUUUACUAUCCAUGGAACUCACAUACACCAGCGAAUUAGAAGGUUGUAUCUGGGGAACCUUAUCUCCCAAAAUCUCUCAGUUCUGGAAGGUAAAUUAGAAGACUUUGGUGAAGCAGAUAAAGCAGGAAUUUAAACAAAAGAAAUCACUAUCUCAGACAGGACAAAUUCCAGCAUUCCCCAAAGUUCUUUUCCUUUUUCAGACUUUACGCUUAAUAUUACCCCCUUAAAGAAAUAACGUAACAUUUUCCAUAGAUUUAGCCAUAAAUUAUAAAAGGCUAGUUUGAGUAAAUAUAUAUUAUGCACAAGUAUUAAUUAUCGAGGCUCUAGGAAUAUCAAUUUUGUGGAAAUUUUAUGAAGUUAGAUCUGCUGAAUCAUUUGAAACUUUGGUCUGUAACAGAACUUUCCAGAUGAGUAGAAGAAAUUAACUUUAUUAGUAACCCCUUUUUGAAAUAUUAUUUUCUGUUUCGGGGGGGGGGGGGGAGGCAUAAAAGUCAUUCCAAAUCUUUUGCCCUGAAUAGCUGGUGUAUUUUGUUGCCCUGAUAAGUUUUCUCAGUUUUCAAAUUGGGAUAUGAAGUAUUCGUACAAAUGACAUAUUCUUAUAGUUAAUUAAGAAAAAUAGAGACAGCUAAGAGAUAAACAGGAUGUUCUCACCAAUUUGUUUCAGACUGUACAGAUUUUGACAGUUAAAUCCAAACCAGACAUUAAAGAAUAAGUAGUUAAGACAUUUCCUUGCAUAUAAAGUCACAUGGAUAUGAUUGCACAUGAUUGUUUUGUUAUGGAAGAAUUAGGAAGAAAGAGUGCCUUCACACUGCCUUGAGCUCCUAAAAUAAAGGUGGGAUAUAAAUUAUUAAGUAAGUAAAUAAUAAAUAGAACAAUAGAGCCUUAAGAAGUAAUAUUUACAAGAAUCAAUCCAUGCUCCCUCUUCUGUGUGACAAUGCUUCAGAUAUUUGAAUAGACUGCCUAAUAUACCUUCCUAGUAAACUACAAUUGAGCAAGGCUAGACUCCACAAGCAACCAGGGAAUGAUACUACAAAAAAGCUUUUGCAAAAUGCAUAAAAAAUCAGACUUUAUUUUACUAAAAUUUAACAUUGCAUUUUUGCAACUCAGCCUAACAAUAUGAAAUUAGAUAACUGUUGAUUCAUACAAUUUACAGGGACAAAACAUGUAUCUUAGCUUGUAUUGGACUUUUCUGCUGCUACACAAUUCUCUGUUUAGACAAGUCUCCACAUUUGGUGGAGAUUCUGACUGUAAUGACUUAAUUCAUUAACAAUCACUGGGUUUUAAUCUACUGCUUUUGCUUGCUUUCCUCCCCCCCCCCCCGUUUAACUGGUACAAUAAAUAUCUUAUUAUUUGGAAUAUACUUCUCUUCUUUAUAUUAUUAAAUUCACUAUACUCUAAUAGACAAGAGUAUGACUCUUCUAUCAGGUAUGUCUGUAACAGAACAUCAUCUAAAACAAAACAAAAUUCUAGGAAAAUACCAUUUUUCCAGGAAUACAACUCACUUCAAAAGCCAAAUACGUUUGUGAACUUUAUUAUAGACACAAGCCAAAAUCCUAGGCGUAGAAUACUUUAAGCCUUGUGAUCAUUCAUUGGAGAAUUUCUAAUCUUAGCAUGAGGCUAUAUUUUAUUAGGCAAAUAAAAAAUACUUCAAUUAUAUACUUUAUUAUACUGAAAGGAGAAAAUUUUCAGGUGCUACCAGGCAAUUUCCUCAUAGUAUACAUAACAAAGGCCCUGUCUUGAUCCAGGAAGUGGCUUAGGUACCCCAAGCAUAGCAAAGGCACUUUAUGCACCUUCUCACUUGGCAAUGGCAUUUCCAGACUCGAUCCCCACAUGGGGGAGACUCUAUUUAAGAGCUACCUUAGUCUAUGAGAUUCUUGUUGGGAACAGCCAUUUUACCUGAGCCCUGUGUGCCAGAAGUGUCUUGUCUCCCUAAACUCUACCACUCUGAAGCUGGACCAGGUGAUGACCUACUGCAAUGCCUAGACUUUCUUGGCAUGACCUGACAAUGCUUCCACCUGCUGCUGUUGGAGGAAAAUCUGUAAGAGGAGUUUCUGAAUUCAUUUUCAUCCUAUUUACAUUUCUUCUCCCUUCUCACUUGCCCUUCAGGGACAAGAUGAGUUUGUUUUCUCCACUCAAACUUAAGACUGUUUCUUCAGUCUCCAAAUAUUUUAUUAUGGGUUUGCAAAGCCAGGUCAAGCACACAUGGACAUGUUCAGUAACACUCCAUGGGCAAGACCCUGAAACAGUGUAUUUAUAAUAGAGACACAAGAAACUACAGGAGCAUAACAUAUUGGUUACAAAUUGAUUAUAAAAAGGCAAAAAAGUUUAAAAUAAAGUGGAUUGCCUCUGUGUAUGCAUGAUUGGACUGAAACAGGACACAUUUUGGUGAUAUAAACAGGAGUAGAAUUCAUCAAGUGGACAGCCAUGAACAGCCCAUCUGUAGGUCACAAGCAGAUGACCAAAAGUACAGCACAGCUUUCUGCAGUAUGGUAGACUGGAUGGAUAGACCUGUGUACGUGAGGCCUUCGUUGCUGCAGGCAGUUGGGCUUGUUUAUCUCACCUAAUGGGAAAUGGAGAGUUAGAAUUCUAAAGGUGGGUAAACUGGCAAAGCACGCAGAAAGGGAAGAUAAAAGCAGCCAGAAAAGAGUUGGGCAGAACGCAAACUGAACCCUGGGAAAAUAUGUUUUCUAGGAAAAUCAGAACUGGAUUGCCAGAAAGUCCCUGUCAAUAGGAAGCUCUAAAAGGUAGUUCUCCAUGUAACUGCUACACUGAAUGGCUGACCUUUAUAAACCUUUAUGUUUAUAAACAGGAAGUAGCAGAGGUAAAGGGGCUCUUAGCAUUGUAUACACUGUACAAAAACUAUCUAUCUGAUCAUGUUUCAUCUGUGGAGGAAGGCUUUAAUCCUUGCAGAAUAAAAGUGUCCCAAAGAGGAUGAAGGACACCUUUGUUCUCCAGAACUCACAGAAGACAGAGAUCAGUAGGCUGUGUUCAAAAAACAGGAAAACAAAAUGAGCCAAAGGGAACAGGCCCAACUCAAACCUUUAAAACGUUGUUCCUUCAGUUGAGGCUGAAUUUGUAAUUGAGGGUCUGUAUCCUCAUCUGCAUUGAGCCAUGCUCAAGUGUUACCUGGAAUUUUAGGCUUCAUUAUUAGCUUUUUAAUGAAGGUGAUAUUAGCAUUUUAGCACGGCAUCCAUGCCUUCUUUUCAAGUUCAGGAAACCAUGUUUUCGUUUUGCCCAAAACCAUUUCUUUCUUUUACGUGCAAAAACUAGCCUUUUUAGCAACUAAACAAUAGUGUAUUCUGAAAGUCCUUGAAUACACUUGUUUCAAGAUGAUACAAACCCUGCUGGGAAAGGGAGUGACAUAACCCAUAAAUUUGCCACUUGUGGACUGUUAUCUAGAAUCAAUGUUUUCUAUUGUUCAAUUCUCACAUGUAAUCAAUGUCUUUUAUUGUUUGAUUAGUUGCUUUCUGAUGUAUCACAUAUACCAAAUGUAUCAUUUGUUUCUGUACCCUAUAAAAAUACCUGACCCAUUUAAUAAAUGGUUUUUGCUUUGCCUGAA